AUGAGCAUUCUUGAAUUAAAAAAAUUAUCUGAAGAAAGCCUGACCAGGCAGCCUGAAGAAGUUUUCGAUAUAAUUUGUAAACUCGGAGAAGGAAGUUAUGGUAGCGUUUACAAAGCCCUACACAAAGAGUCUGGUCAAGUUUUAGCUAUUAAACAAGUGCCUGUCGACACUGAUUUACAAGAAAUAAUUAAAGAGAUCUCUAUUAUGCAACAAUGUGAUUCGCCAUAUGUUGUUAAAUAUUAUGGAAGUUAUUUUAAAAAUACAGAUUUAUGGAUUGUGAUGGAAUAUUGUGGAGCUGGUUCAGUUUCUGAUAUCAUGAGACUUAGAAAAAAAACAUUGACUGAAGAAGAAAUAGCAACUAUAUUAUCGGAUACUUUAAAAGGAUUGGAAUAUUUGCAUUUAAGAAGAAAAAUUCAUAGAGAUAUAAAAGCUGGUAAUAUUUUGCUUAACACCGAAGGAUAUGCCAAAUUGGCAGAUUUUGGUGUUGCAGGACAACUAACAGAUACGAUGGCUAAAAGAAAUACAGUAAUUGGAACGCCAUUUUGGAUGGCACCUGAAGUUAUUCAAGAAAUCGGUUAUGACUGCGUUGCUGAUAUUUGGAGCCUUGGAAUAACUGCUUUGGAAAUGGCAGAGGGCAAACCUCCCUAUGGUGAUAUUCAUCCUAUGCGUGCAAUAUUUAUGAUACCGACUAAACCUCCUCCAAGUUUUAGGGAACCCGAUAGAUGGUCUAGUGAAUUUAUAGAUUUUGUUACAAAAUGUUUAGUUAAAAAUCCAGAAGAACGUGCCACUGCCAGUCAAUUGCUUUUACAUGAAUUUAUAGGAAAUGCCAAACCGCCCACCAUAUUAAGUCAAAUGAUAGCCGAAGCUAGAGAAAUUAGAGAGAAUCAAACAUAUAGAAAUACUUCAGCGAAUACUUCCGGAAAUAAAGUUAAUCAAACGGAGGAAUCGGACGAAGAAGAGAAUAUUAAUAAAACUUUGGUAAAUUAUAUAGAAGAGGGAACUUUAGUGCCAUCGAAAGAAACAAUGGACUGCGGAACAUUGGUGCCAUCCGUCGUUGAUCUCGGUACAAUGUUAAUAAACAGUGAUACGGAAGAUGAAUCCACGAUGAAAAGGCACGACACGGGACCGGGUGAAUCUGGUAAAAAAUAUAGACCGUUAUUUUUAGAUCAUUUCGAUAAGAAGGAAAGUAUUGUGUCGUCGCCGUCGUUUCAACAACCUCCCAGAAACGAUGAUUGCAUCCAGGAAAAUAACGAUCAAAAUGAAUCCGUAGCACCCGUCAUGUCAAGCGAGGAAAGGCAAAGGUUUCAAAAUCAUUUACAAAUUCAAUUGCACGAAAUAAAUCAAAACGAACCGCAGAAUAAUAUUGUACAACAGCAACAGCCCGUGAGAAUUUCAAAUCCGAGAGAUCAACCGGUUAAAUUUCAAAAAUCAUUUUUAGACGGGGAUUUAGACUUUCUCAAGUUUCUCAGUUACGAAGAUUUACAGAAAAGAAUGGCGAGUUUAGAUUCGGAAAUGGAAAGGGAAAUUGACGAAUUGAGGAGACGAUAUCAAAUCAAAAGACAACCAAUAUUAGAUGCGAUAGAUCAAAAAAGGAAAAGACAACAAAAUUUCUAA